AUGCAACUUCGCACCAUUGAGGAUGUGCCUUUGCUGAGCACAAAUUUGCGCAUUAUGAAGUUUUGGUCAUUCCUAUUGCAGCAUAAUUGGCGUCGUUAUUCAUGUCUUAUACCCUACAUUAUGAUUAAUACGACACAAUUUUUGGAUAUUUGCUUCAGCACUGAACCCAUUGAUGCCAUUGUUCGAAACGCUUACAUAGCCGUUUUGUUCUUCAAUACGAUUUUGAGGGCCGUUCUAUUGUGCGUUAAUCGCUUUGAGUAUGAGCAAUUUAUGGAAAAUAUACGACAGCUCUAUAUUGAAUUGAUGAAUUCCGAGGAUAAAGCCUUGAGAAAAAUGCUACAGGAGUGCACCAUGACUUCUAGAUUUAUAUCCAAAAUCAAUCUGCUCAUGGGUUUUACGUCGUGCAUUGGUUUCGUCAUCUAUCCCCUGUUUGCUACUUCAAAAGUACUCCCCUUUGGCAUGUACGUUCCUGGCAUUGACAAAUACGAGUCACCAUUUUAUCAGAUAUUUUUCAUAAGUCAAAUUAUCAUUACUCCCAUGGGUUGUUGUAUGUAUAUACCCUUUACCAAUAUGAUUGUGUCCUUUAUCCUCUUUGCCAUACUCAUGUGCAAGGUGUUGCAGCAUAAAUUGAAAAAUCUUAAAAAUGUGAGCAACGAUAAAGCUCGGCAGGUGAUUGUAUGGUGCAUAAAAUAUCAACUGAAAUUAAUAGAAUAUGUGGAUAAAAUUAACGAUUUGACUACCCAUACUUUUUUGGUGGAAUUUAUGGCCUUUGGAGCCAUGCUAUGUGCCAUGCUGUUUUUGUUGAUUAUAGUUGAAACUGUGGGUCAAAUGAUUAUUAUCAGCAUCUACAUAUUCAUGAUCUUUGCCCAGAGUGUCAUUAUGUACUACUUUGCCAAUGAAUUGUACGACCAAAGUUUGAAUGUUGCCAUAGCUGCCUAUGAUAGCAAUUGGUUUGAUUUCGAUGUGUCCACUCAAAAAUCUCUUAUGCUGUUGAUUUUGAGAUCUCAAAAACCUUGUGCGAUUUUAAUUGGCAAAGUUUAUCCCAUGAAUUUGCAGAUGCUGCAGUCUCUACUCAAUGCCACCUAUUCUUAUUUUACUUUGUUGAAAAGAGUCUAUGGUUGA